AUGAACUUUUCAAAUAAAAUAAGAAAAUUCUUGGAAAAGUUAUGGCUGAACUCAAUUUUUAUUGCAAAUCUUAUAUAAGGUAUAUGGUGGACUUCGAAUACUUUAUGGUUAAGUUAGCCAAUAAAUUAUUUAGUAUUUAUUUUACAAUUGGCUUGUCUUUUGGUCAGGAGUUUUUAGCAAUUUUUAAUUGCAAAGGAAUGUGGAAUUAAUUUAGUUAUUCAUUUGGUGUCCUUGUUAUAUUAUGUAAUAUAUUUUGAAUCCUAUUUACUUGUUGAGAGGAAGCAUCAUUUUGAAUUGCUAGCUGAUUGUUUGUUGAUUAUUUUCACUUAUAUGGAUUAUUUGAAAAUAGCUGUGUCAAAAUACAGCUUAAUCUGUAAAUUAGGGAUUCCAUUAUAUCUUAUAAUAAGAAUCAUAUUUGCUUUAAUUAGAAAUUUUGGUUUGGAGGAGCUAGAAAGCUUGAUUAUCAUAAGUUUUUUAUUCAUAAAAUAUGCAAUUAUGCUCUAAAUUACAUUUAAUAAAACUUUUCAAGAAAAAACUAAUAAAUACCAAUUAACAAUAAAAGAGGAAAGAGACUCUACUCCAAUACUUUAAAAUUAAUAGAUAUAUCCAUAAAUUAAAUCAUAAAGCAAAUCAUCUCAAUCCCCUUAACUCAACUUAAGUGCAGUUUUGAGAGAUCCGCCAAGUGAAGUGAAAUUGAUACAGUAUUCAAAUUUGAGUAAUUUUUAAAAAAUAAAUAAAAGUUUUGAAAAAUCAGAUCACUCAGCGAAUUCAUUUUAUUACAAUUUACUAAAUCUUUUUCCUUAAGGAAUCUUAAUUUUAAAUUCUUAAUUAUCAGUAAGUUAUAUGAAUAACAAAUGUGAAAAGCAUUUAGAUUGUUAAGGUUAAGAAAAAGUAUUAGAAAGGGUGAGAAGCUGUGUAGACAAUGCAAAAAUUCGAGAUUCCGAGUGGGAUGAGUAGAAUAGUUUCCAAGCAAAGACAUAAUAAAAAUAACUUCAUUAUCAUUUCCUCAAAGAAAUAAUAUUUAUAUAAUAGAAAAGAAAUCUACCAAUUGAUGUAUUAGACAUUAUGAUAUAACCUUAAAAAUAUUAACAUCUUUUAGGAUUCAAUUAAGAUUCAAACUAUAUGGAUAAUUAGUUAAAUUUCAUGUCAUAAGUUUUUAUUUACGAAUGGAUUAUUAAAUCUGGAUAAUAGUAAAACAAUUCAUAAAAAAAACUGAAAUUAAUAAUUAUUCCAACUUCUAUGACAAAUUAAUAGUAAGAGUACUUCCAAUCUUAAUCGUAAAUAUAAAGUUGUAUCAAAGUUAACCUUCAGCCAACAAAUGAAAUAGAAAACCCAGUUCUACUUAUCAUUAUAAAAAACAUAACACAAAAACAUAAAUUCCAAUAACUAAGAGAGGAAUAAAUUAUUCAUCACAGCCUUAUCAAAUCCUUUUCUCAUGAGUUAAGGACUCCUUUAAACAGUUGUUAACAAAUGUUAAAUCUGAUAAAUAAAUAACAAAGUGAAGAAGAAUUUAGGACGUGUCUAGCAAUUGCUUAGAAUUCAAAUGCUUAAUUGAUUCAUCAAAUAAAUGACAUAUUAGAUUAUGCUGCUAUUUAAUCCUACUAAUUUUCAUAUCACAUGUCAUAUUUUCCAUUAAAUUAAUUGAUUUAAGAAAUUGAACAAUUAUAUAAAGACUAAAUGUUUUUAAAGAAAAUUAAAUUUAAAAUUCUCAUUUCCAAAAAUUUAACCGAUUUUCUCAUGUGUAAUGAUAAGUAAAGAAUAUUAUAAGUAUUAGUAAAUUUAUUAAACAAUGCUAUUAAAUUUACAAAAGAAGGAGGUUGCAUUCAUUUAAGUUUCAUUGAAAAGGAGUACUUUGGUAUUAAUAUUGAAGUAAAGGAUAAUGGAAUAGGCAUUGCUGAAGAAUAAUUGCAUCUGAUAUAAAGUAGUUUAUAUGACACAAUAGAAUUCGGUGCAAUUUUGAAAUCAAAUUCAGAAAUUAAGAAGAAAGGAUUAGGACUGAGUAUUGUAGCAAAACUUGUUUAAGGGUUAACUGAAUCUUAAGAUAAAUAACUUAUUAUAAGAUCUAUAAAAAAUGAAGGAACAUUUGUUUCAUUUCGAGUUGAUAAUAUGCAACUUAACUAGAAUGCUUAUCAAUAAUCUUCCAAUUUAUUUACUCAAUAAACAGGGAAGUUUAAUUUAUCUGAGAAAUUAUAUACAUUUAAUAAAAUAAAAAUAGAUGAAUAGGGUGUUAAACAAAUUGAUAAUUCAUUUUUUAAGAUUUAAGAUGAUGAAGUAAACUAAGAUCAAAAUUCAGAAACCUAUAAGGCAACUCCUAGGUUAAAUGAUUUUGAAAUACAAUAAGAAAUCUUACUGCCUGUCAGCCCUGAAUAUUUUUAACAUAAAUAUAUGGCUUCUUGUAAAAAUUUAGAUAAUUCAAAAAUUUAAUAGUAAAAUUCAAUUUGCUAAAAUUGUACUCAUGUUUUAGUGGUGGAUGAUAUACCAUUUAAUUAAAUAGCUUUGAAAAUGAUGCUAAAACAUUAUAAUAUCCAAGCGGAUUCUGUAUUUGAUGGAUUUUAAGCAAUUGAAAAAGUUAAACUCAAAAUGUAAUAACAUUGUCAAAUAUAUAAAUUAAUAUUAAUGGAUAUUGAAAUGCCAGGGAUGGAUGGAUUUCAAACAAGCAAGCAAGUAAGUUAUUAAUAAUAAUUGUCAGAUUUUGAAAUUGACUUAAAAAUAAUCAAUGAUUGUAAUUUGUUCUGCCUAUGAUACUUAAGAAAAUUAUAUUAAAGGGUCGAAAUUGGGUAUAGACACAUUUCUACCCAAACCUGUCAAUCAGGACGAAUUAGAAGUAAUUUUAAUUAAGUUAUUUAAUGUCAAGGAGUUUAUCAAAUGA